AUGUUGUCAUCAAAGUUGGAAGACACGUUGAACAAUGAAAGCGUGUUUAAGGACGAAUCGUUUGUAGUUGUUGAAUUGUGGAUUAAAGAAUUUCUGUCGGAUAGACUGAUAGGGGUUUCGUUGAUACCGGUAAAUGAUAUUAGAGUAUCGAAUGAAAAAGCUGAUGGAGAGAAAGUAUUUUUACAUUCGAACUUAUUAUAUGAAGGCGAUAGGCCGAUUGGAGUUGAUGGUCUAACCAAACACGGACUUUGGUUGGAUGCAAGAGUUAAUGUGGAAGAUCAUAACAAUCCAGAAGUUGAUACACCGUACAUUACAGAAAAUAUAGUUGGAAUUUCAACGGUUGAAAGAGAGGCUGGCCACGACGUAAAAAUGAUUGACCCUGAUUGCUGCUAUUCAAACGAGGAGAAGAAGUUAAAUGAUGAGGAUGCUCAUCCCAACAUUGAAAUUAAAGAUGAUGAUGGAGACAAAAGACUUCUCACAAACGGAAUUAUGCACAUCUAUGCAGACGACGAAUUCGAAAACGCGGAUGAAAGCAGAGAUUCAAGGAGUGAACAUACACCGUUAUUGGAAAGCAUAAUAACAAAUUCUAUUUUUAACUUUGUAACAUGGAUUAAAAACGUCAGCAAGAAUAUGAAGCGUGCAUCGGACAGAUUUGAGAAGUCUCCUUCCUUGGUAUCGAAAACCAAAUGGGUGGAAGCUCUGUCGCUUGUUAUCAGCAACAACAACAACAACAAUGAAGAAGAGAAAGAGUUGGACAAAUUGAAUAUUUUAAAAUUCACUGUUGACAAAAUGAAAAGAAAAAAUCAGCUUUACAGUAAAAUUGAGCCGACGCCAAACCUGAAAGUUUCAAGAAGAGGCUCCAUAUUUACGGGACAGAAACCUCACGUCUAUAAGAAGACAUUGCAAGCUAUUUUGUAUCCAAUGUCCAACUCGAAGCCCCACCAAUUUGUACCAUUGACGGCCAGCACCCCGACAUUUUGUUGCGAAUGUGAGGGUCUACUAUGGGGUAUUGCCACGCAGGGAGUCAGGUGCACUGAAUGCGGCGUGAAGACACAUGACAAAUGUCGAGAAAUGCUUAAUGACGACUGCCUCCAAAAGGCCGCCGAGAAGAGUAGCAAGGAUGGCCAGGAAGACAAGGCAAACAACAUCAUCAACAUCAUGAAGGACCUCAUGGAACAAAGGGUUCGACAACACAAGAAUUUGUUUGAAUUUUUCAGGAAGGUCUUCAAUGUUGACGAAACUGAGCAUGAGCAGCAGAUUGACUCGGCCAAAAAGUUAUUGCUUGCGGGCACUUCUAACUGGUGUGCUAAGUUAGCUAUCACAGUUGUAUGCGCUCAGGGACUGGCUGGAAAAGACAAAACAGGAGCCAGCGACCCUUACGUGACCAUACAAGUUGGGAAGAGUAAGAAGAAGACAUCUACAGUCCUCCAGAACUUGAAUCCAACGUGGAACGAGACUUUUCACUUGUACGUUGUCUUCAACGAUACUCACGCAUUUUGUUGCUAUCUUGCUUAA